AAAAUAAAAACACGAUCCAUGGCGGCGCUCACAACUAGCCUAGGUUCCAUCGUCGUUCUGUAAACGGACCAGCGGAGAGAUGGAACCGAAGGAAGAAACAGUUGACAUUGUGGUUCAUUUACCUGAUGAGCUGUUGCUUAUUGUUCUUUCUCAUGUUACAUACAAAGACCUAUGCAGGGUAGGCUGUGUUUGCCAGAGGCUGCGAGAUUUGAGCCGGAGUAACAUUCUCUGGAAGAGAUUAUGUCACAUCCACUGGCUGGAUGUAUGUCCCAUUGAGAGUGAUGGAGAUGCAGAGAGUCCAACUGUCUGGUAUAGAACCUUCCAAGAGAGCUACCGGAAACUGGGCCAGUUCAUAGGCUGUUACUCUAGCGUGAAGGGCCUGUGGAAUAGAAUUGAAAGCGGCCUCAAAGGGAGGGGAGCCAAGGACAUUCUACAAACCCUUAAUGGGCCCCUGACCACGGAGGAUGAAGUCAUUCCUGUCACAGAUGAUCUAACCAUUCCUGCUGACCUGAUGUGCUCCUACAACAUACACAAUGGUCAAGCGGACAGUUACUUGGACGACGGCACCUUGCUUGGCCUCGGUGGCCUAAUCAGGGUGUACAGUUUCCAGAGCUGUCCGGCGCUCUUGAGUUACCAGUCAGUGCUGUCGCAUCUGGGCCAGCUGGAAAAAGAAAUGGAUGACGAACUCUUGAAUGAGAUGGAACUGCAGACUGUCAAAGUCCUUGAGUGUCCCUACAGUCAAAUCACCAUCCGUAUGUGCCUCAACUCCACCGGCGAGUUCCAAACGGGUAACAUGUUUUAUUGCCACAGCAAGUUCAUUUCACAGUCUACUUUUGCCUUACCUCACGAAGGCUUCUUCCUGUUAGCAGAAAGCUUCACGGACUGGCUAACACAGCUUGCCAACAAACUGUUGGACCCUGGGACCAUAUUUCACCAGUCGUCUUUGUCCAGGUUCUACCAUGAACCAUCUUGUGUAGCAGUGACAGAACAUGUCAAGGUUUCUGUGGCAACAGCCUUUAUCUCUGAGAUGAGCGGGAACCCACUGAGGCCAGGGAGGAAGAUGUUUGCAUAUUACAUCACCAUGGCGAUGGACGAGAACAGCCCCAGGGACAAGUCCUGUCAACUUCGCACCAGGCACUGGGUCAUAGCAGACAGCAACGGCAAGGUGGAAACCGUGGAUGGAGCUGGCGUGGUCGGUGAUUUCCCCAUUAUCCAACCGGGGACAUCCCAUUCGUGGUCAAGCUGCACCUCCUUUGUCACUUCGGAAGGCUUCAUGAGGGGACAUUUUGGGAUGGUCAACCUACGAACCAUGGAAACAUUCGGUGUGGAGUGCCCAGAGUUCCACAUGAAGGCUCUGCCGUUCUUGCAGCUGAGGGACCCUGCUGACGAUGCAAUGGAUGACAUGUGAACGACCCAGAAGAUCUGUAGAUCACUCAAUGCAAUUAGGCAUGCUCAUCAGAACCAGGUGCCAGGGAGCCAGCCAAUGCAUCAGGUAUCUACUUUCAUUUCUUUUCAUAGGAGUCGUUGUCCAUUUGAGUAAAAGCUGGUUGGAUUGCGUUGCGUCUAAAGAGUGCCCUCUGUGGACCGGGUGGAUGAGGGCCACCUUGUUGCAUUGAACUGCGUUCAUGUAAAUCCUGGGUUCGUGUUUUCAUCCACAUCGCAACCGAACACUGGCAAUGUGGGUUAACAAAAAAUGGACUACCUCCGUCCCACUUCCAUUUCUCCCCCAAACCCGUGGGAAUCCUCCGAUACCUUGAAGACAGUGGAAGGAUCUUCUAGAGAUAUAUACAAAUUGCUCAGACGACCGCCUCGAGGCAAUUCUGUUGCACCGCCCUGGCCUCAUAGGACAAGUGAUGAUUGGCCCGUUGCCCCCCCCCCCAUCACGGACACAUCCACUGCAACUCAUGGAGUCUCAAUUAUCUGCAAGGGAUGAUACUCUUGGAUCCUCAUUAGGCGUUGCAGUCAUUGUUGAGUAUUAUCAUGCAAGCGGUAAGAUUCAGCUUACGUUGGACUGACGUCACGGACAAAACGCACAACCUACAUCUCGCUUAUAACUCCUAGCGAUUGGACGAGUUGAUGUUAGACUCUUGCCCAUCGGUCUCGCAUAUUCCGAAAAAUUGCUAAAAAGAGAGAGAGGCGGCCUUAAACCUGUGAUAUCAACAGGGGAAAUCAACAAGAGUAUCGCUGCUUUUAAAAGACGGUUUAAUAACUCAACACUGGGUGGCCUGUUCAGAUUCAAAUUAUGGAUAAAAAAGGAAACCCUCCACAUCACAUAGAUGAUGAAUUGUUGGACUGUAUACUACAGAUCAAAUGGAAGAUACCACAAUACAGUGUUAGUAAUUUUUAAAAGCGAAUGUGUUUGCAAUUAUAAAAAUGGCAAAUUAGAGUGAAUAUUGAGCACAAAAGGUGGUUUACAAAUACAUUUUUAAUUGAACAUUUCAUUAUAGAAAUAAAAAAUUUAAAUGCAGAGAGAAUAGCUUGUCAGUGGCUUGGAGUAUUCUUAUAUACAAUCAUUUUACUUUGAGUUUGUCAUUAAAAAAAAUAGACGUAAACUCGUCCUUCCUUGUGAUCAAAUUAACUUGACGAGAUGUGUGUGCUAGCAUGCAUUCUCACUUAGUUUAAUGCCCAAAUUGUUUCAGAGUGUUUCAGCCCAGGAGGCAUGUGGCCUAAUGGUUAGGGUUUGUAGCUUCUGAUCAUAGGAUCGGGGGUUCGAAUCCAGCUGGUGGCAACAUGCUGUGCUCUUGGGCAAGUCACUUUACCCACGAACCAUUUACCCAGGAAUAAGUAACCUCGAGCGGCCCCAGUGUAAACACAUGUGCGACCUUGGUUCCAUGCGUGUUACGGAUUGUUAUUACCCCCGCAGGUGCUCUCGACUUUCU